UGCUUCGGUUCAAUGCCAACUUGCAUGGCUGGCUAGCUGUGUCCAGCUCUCUCUCUCUCUCUCUCUCUCUGUAGAACAGUUUGUGUGUUAUAAGGGAUAAUCUACGUAAUCCCCACUAAUUACUAUUUUCAAUUCUGGUGAUGUAUGUAUUAGGUGUCAAAAAAAAAGAUAAUAAUUGUAAAAGAAGGGAUGGAGAAAGUUCAGAUUUUCAGGGAAGGACACAACUCCUCCGAAUUCUCAGGGAAGGACUCUCCGGCCAUUAUAAAUACGGAUCUUCCCCAGAGCCCAAAAAUGUCAACCAACCCUAAUCCAUCACUCCCCACCCACCUUGAUUCUCUCUCCUCUUUCUUUGUGGUUGGGUUUCUGAGGUUGGAUUUCGAUUCAGGAUGACUAUCCCCAUCGCUCAACCCGAGUUUGGAGUUGAAAUUGAGGCUGAGGAGAAGAAGAUCCCAGCCAACGAAAAUGAAUUGACUUUGGAUGGUGGAUUUUUGGUCCCGGAGACCAAUUCAUUUGGCCAAAACUUCAGGGACUAUGAUGCUGAAAGUGUCAGGCAAGAAGGGGUGGAGAACUUUUACAGGGUCAAUCACAUUAACCAAACCUUCGACUUUGUGAAGAGGAUGAGAGAAGAAUAUGGGAAAGUGGACAAGGUGGAGAUGAGCAUUUGGGAGUGUUGUGAGCUUCUCAACGACGUCGUCGACGAGAGUGAUCCUGAUUUGGAUGAACCUCAGAUUGAGCACUUGUUGCAAACGGCUGAAGCUAUUCGGAAAGACUAUCCCAAUGAAGAUUGGCUGCACUUGACUGCCCUUAUCCAUGAUCUCGGCAAGGUUCUUCUUCUUCCUAGCUUCGGCGAGCUUCCUCAAUGGGCUGUUGUGGGUGACACAUUUCCAGUUGGGUGUGCUUUCGACGAAUCGAUUGUCCAUCACAAGUACUUCACCCAAAACGAGGACUAUGACAAUGCAGCUUACAACACCAAAUUCGGAGUUUACUCCGAGGGAUGCGGACUCAACAAUGUCAUGAUGUCAUGGGGGCAUGACGACUAUAUGUAUUUGGUGGCUAAGGAGAAUAAUGCCACUUUACCUUCAGCAGCUCUUUUCAUCAUCAGAUACCAUUCAUUCUACGCUUUGCACAAGUCAGGAGCAUACAAACACUUGAUGAAUGAGGAAGACAAUGAGAACCUAAAGUGGCUCCAAGUGUUUAACAAGUAUGAUCUGUACAGCAAGAGCAAAGUUAGGGUUGAUGUGGAAGAAGUCAAGCCAUACUAUCUUUCUCUCAUUCAAAAGUAUUUUCCCGAGAAGCUGAGGUGGUAAGAAAUCUGGAGUUGUGAAAGUCGAAUGGGUUAAUUUCAUGGUGGAUCGAUUGGGGAAUCGGUGAUGAAGGUGCCAGUGGUAGCUGAAUGAAUUGAUAGUUAUCAAGUGCCCCUCGGAGACUCGGAAGCAUUUCUUUCAUUUUGUUGUUCUCACAUCUACUCUCUCUCUCUCUCUCUCUCUCUCUCUCUCAUUUACUGUUUCUUUCCAUUUGUUGAAUGGUAUGCUUUGUUCCUCCCAAUGUUGGAUAGUAUGAUCCUUUCAUUUGGAAUAAUAUCGUAAUUAUGGUUCUCGUGGAAUAAAAUCUCGUUCAUUUGUA